AUGCUGAUCGCCGUCGCCGCUCUUGCCGGCACGCUGCGUGGCGUCAUGGGAGCCCAGGAGGCCGACAUCGCGUUUUCCAUCUCCAUGAACCUCACUGGAUGGUCUCCUCAAGUAUUGCAAUCCAAAUGGGACAUGAACCUAAACACAGGAGCUCUCACUUUCAGAAACCAAUCGUUCCCGGUUGACGAGGUGGAGCUAGUGCGUGCAGUUGGAAACGGAUUCGGUCUGUACGGAUCUGUCGAGGAUGUCCCCGUCAAUACGACGUGGUUCAGGUCCUGGUGGGGGACAAGCAAUGCUGCCAGCAAGAGGUGGGAGUGGCUGAACAACCCCGUUCCCGCAAGCGGCCUCUUAGCUAUGUUCGAGAAAGACGGUGCGAGCUCUUGGAGAAUGACGCUUGCCAACGUGUCAGACUCCUCAAGCUCGGUGACCAUUGACUACGUCAAUCUACAGAUUCCGGUGAAAACGAAAGCGCCGAACGAAGAAGCUUUGAGGUCUCAGGCCCAAACCAUAUCAACCGUCCAGGACGGGAAGGCACGCCUGGAAUCGUUUUUCCUUCGGGACUUCGCCUCUGAGGAUUACCUGCUUAGCAUCACGGAUAAAACCAUCGACCAGUUCGCAGCAAUACCUCCGCAACACCACGACAUUGUGAACAACAGUGUUGCCCUUUCUUUCUACACAGAGCUCGUGUACAACGUCCCAUCCCAAACGUCGUUGAUCAACAUCACCGGACCUGUCUUCAACAGUUCGGACGCUGGCUGCUACGCCAUUCUACACCCGGAACCUUGGUGGUGGUCUUCUGAGAUGGUUCCGAGAUCGAACUCGGCGAAGCCGGUGUACCGAGCCGGUCAGACGCUCUUCAUGCUUCCAACAGAUCCCUCAGUGACGUAUCAGCUUGUCAUUGGCGCCAGAGGCAACGACACGGUUUGCGCUAUCAGUGACAUUACCACAUACGCGUACGACCCGGCAGCCGCCGCCGAACUCAACGACAGUACGACGUCGACAAGUUCCGCAUCCUCCAAGGAGACUAGUGCUGGGGCUGGAGCCGCUGGGUCGGAUGGAAAGCCGGCCUCCAAGAAAUCUAAUGCUGGCGCGAUUGCUGGCGGCGUUGUUGGCGGUGUUGUAGGCUUGGCUCUCCUGGGUCUCGCUCUUGUCUUCUGCCUUCGCCGCCGUCGACGCCAGAAUGCAUCCUCGCCCACGUCUGAAAAGCCCGUCAAUCGCCGCGGAAAGUAUGAGCCGACGGAAGACGUCCAGUUCAUUGUCCCGUUCGUUGGAGCAAAGGCUUCUGACGGAGCAUCGACUCCGGAGAGGCCAGGACAUCAGAGGCACUACACCAGCACCACCGAUUCCGCUGAGGGCUAUACGCCAACGACCGAAAAGCAGCAGGAGUUGCGAUCCUCGUACGACGACACCUUCUUCGGAGAGGCUUCCACGACUGCUGGCCAGCCCCAGCCCAACACCGACAGCAACAGCCGUCGACCGGCCGCCACACCGCGUCACCCCGUGCAUGCUGAGGAUAUGGAGGAUGCCGAUGAGGUCUCCAUGCUCCCUCCCAUGUAUAAAGAGUCAUGGAGCCAGCGGCAUAUCGCUACCGAUGCCGAGGAUACCGCAGUUGGCGUGGUACGUCAGGAGGCAUCGGGAGGCAGCGCCUCUCGGGCGAGAGAUGGCCUCUCGCCGAUUACCACGUCCAAGGAAUGCUCCUCGAUAGUUUCCGACUUGAAGUCCGGCGUGCCGCUCGUUGCUGCUUCCAGAGACGGACAUUCGCCUGUAACCCCCUCGAAGGACGGCCAUUCACCUGUCUCGACCGAUAAGAGCGCGCUCUCACCUAAGUAG